GUGAAAGGGCCUGGUAUGGCCCUGUACCCUACGAUUUUGUGAUCAAAUCAAGGAAUUACAGCUAGCAAGAAUUCUUCCACCAGAAAUCACUGGCUGCAUGGCCUGGCCUGGUCCUAGCGAUGCUAGUGAAUGUCAGGUGCAUAAUGGGACCACGAAAGGAUAUGGCAGUGCAAUGACAAAUGGGCAUCUUAAAAAGCUCAAAACUGCCGAAAGGAUAAAGAUUUUUCGACAGUGGAUGACGGAUGUCGAUGAAGAUGAGAAGAAAUUGUUCAUUAGAGAGCUUUUGAGCGAUUGUGAUUUACCGAACUUGGAGUAUAUCAGUCUGCUUAUAUCGCGGUUGAGGGUCGCUCGAUCUCGUCCAACAUCAAAUGGAAGCAAAGACCCCUUAACCUUGCUCCCAUCGCAUAUCGUACUUCGCAUAAUGUCUUAUCUUGACCCAGUGUCCCUCUGCCGGAGCUCCCGUGUGUCCAGGUAUUGGCGACAUGUUUGCUCCGAGCCGAUGCUUUGGCGUGCUCUUUGUCAAUUACCUCGCGAGUUUCGGCUCUGUUCUGCUGAAGCCGAAUCAUCCCAGCUCCGUAGUCACACAUCUGAUUGUGGUACUGUACGAUGGAAGGACGCAUUUUCGGAAAGAUAUCGUUUGUGGAGAAAUUGGCACGCGGGAAGAUGCGUUGUCCGAACGUUUACGGGUCACACGCAAGGUAUCACUUGUGUACAAUUCGAUGAUGAUAGGAUUGUCAGCGGGUCAUCAGAUACAACAAUUCGAAUAUGGGAUUUGCGCGGAUCAAGUGAUGUCGGCAAUCUUGGCACUAUGGCGUUGAACGGUCAUUCAGCAACAGUUCGUUGCCUUGACCUAAAUGGAAAUGUGCUAGCAUCUGGCUCAAAUGAUUUUUCCAUAAAAAUAUGGAAUGUUGAUGUCAAUCCGCGAUGGUCCUCUAUAGGCUGUCGUAAAACUAUGUUAGGCCAUUCCAAUUAUGUGCGAUGUCUACAGAUGGAUCACGAGCAUUUGAUUAGUGGCUCGUACGAUAUGCAUCUGAAGCUGUGGUCUUUGAAUACGGGAGCGUGCGUUAGAACUUUGGUUGGGCAUAAUGAUGCAGUUCUCUGUGUGCAGUACCGUGAUCUAGAAUCACUGGCUGUAUCCGGGUCAGCGGAUAAUUCAAUAAAGUGCUGGGAUACGAGGACGGGAAGACCAGAAAUGACAAUCCAUAAUGCGCACGAUAACGCGGUCACUUGUGUUCGUUUUGACGAUCAUCGCAUUGUUUCUGGCAGUGUGGAUCGAAUGAUUAAAAUGUGGGAUGUGAGGACAGGAAAGUGCAUGCAUACCAUAGACUGGAAAUUGGCUGAAGGCCAUACUGGUGUAGUUCGUUGUCUCCAGGUGGAUACUUGGCGGAUCGUCAGUGCUGCAGAUGACAGAACAAUCAAGGUGUGGAACGUGGAUUCACUGCAGCGAUUGUGCACGUUACACAGCCAUGAGGAUGGAGUUACAUGUGUGCAAUUUAGCGACCGUCAGAUCGUCUCCGGCUCUUACGACAAGACUCUUCCACCUUCAUAUCUAUAUAAUAUACGUUGCUUUCUCUGUACAUUUUUGAAUGCGUUACGCCCCUUCACGAGGACCAGCAGUCCGCGAAGGCGGCCCAAACUGGCGGCUUUCGUUCCCCUACCCGUACGAAGCUCUAGCGUGGCAACUGGUCCCACGGAAAAAAGAAUGGUUAAAGGUGCGCGAAAGCGGCAGAAAGGAGCAUCUAGACAACCUUACAAUGUGGAGGAUGCUGGUCCAUCUUCUCCAGCGGACUCGGAUAAUGAUGAGCCAUCGAGCAAUGGAAACUCUGAUGAGGAAAGUUUUGAGAUGCCCUGCAAAUUAGCGAUGUAUGAUUUCAAUCAAUGCGAUCCGAAACGGUGUUCGGGGAGGAAAUUGCUGCGUGCAGGAGUCAUCACAGAGGUCCGCCUCGGUGCUCGUUUUCCUGGAUUGGUUCUGAGCCCAACUGGAAAGACCACCUUAGCUCCCUCGGACCGUGAUUUCAUCGAUCAUUAUGGACUGGGAGUGGUUGAUUGCUCAUGGAAAGAAGUUGAACGAACUCCAUUGCACAAGGUCAAAGCCCCCGAGCAUCGGUUAUUACCAUACUUGGUUGCUGCUAAUUCAGUCAACUAUGGUCGUCCGUGCCAUCUAACAUGUGCGGAAGCAAUGGCUGCAGGUCUGUAUAUCAUCGGCCAUGUUGAAGCUGCAGAGCAAGUGAUGAAGCAUUUUUCAUGGGGUCCUCACUUUAUUGAACUUAAUCGCGAGCUUUUGGAUAUGUAUGCCGCUUGCGCAACACAUGAAGAAAUUUACCACCAAGCGGCAGCGAAUCGAGUGAUGAUGAAGAAGGCUGAAUACCUUUUGAUGGAUGUCUUAGAUCAGUUUGAGAGUGGUUUUGACUACGCGAUUGAAAAGCAAGGUAUGCGACAAGGAGCUGAAGCUAGAAUUUACAACUGUACAUAUCUGGGAAGACCUGCAAUUAUGAAGGAGAGGUUCGUCAAAAAAUAUCGGCACCCUGCUCUCGACCAACAAUUGAAUAAAUCUAGGAUGCGAAAUGAACUCAAAGGAAUAGUCAGAGCCAAAGAUCUUGGAGUAGCUACUCCUGCGAUUUACUUUGUUGAUAGCUACAAUAACAAAAUUAUCAUGGAAAGAGUUGAAGGAUGUACCGCAAAUCAUUGGAUAGAGUCUCGUCGGCUGGAACGAGGAGAUUCAGAAAGUUUUCUGGCUGACAAUCAGGAAUUCGGUAAGGCUUUGGGGCAAGCUAUUGCCAAAAUGCAUCUCGGAAACCUCGUACACGGUGAUCUGACAACUUCAAAUAUUAUCAUAAAAGAUGACAACUUCAAAAGACCCAUAUUCAUAGAUUUUGGCUUAUCAUCUUUGGGAAAGGUGUUGCCUGAAGAUAAAGGAGUUGAUUUGUAUGUGUUGAAGAGAGCAAUGAUCAGCACGCAUAUCAAUUCUGAAGAGAUGUUUGAGUGUGUUUUGGAAGGUUAUCGAAGCGUCAACGCAAAACAAGGACUUGCAGUGAUCAAAAAGUUACACGAAAUUCGAUUACGAGGAAGAAAGCGCGAUAUGACUGGAAGUAUUAUGACUAAUAAAGCAAAAAACCAUGGAGACUCACACGAAGAUCUCACUAGUGGUCACAUGUACUUUACAAAGGUUGAUGAUCUGCCGGAAAAAUUCAAUAAGGAUGCGUUCAGUAUGAGUGACAUUUUGCAGAUUGUUCGUCCACAGUUAUCCCUUCACUUUAACUUCAUGAUAGAUCUCGAAUGGCUGCUUGAGCAAUAUCCUGCAUCAUGCAGACAUUGCCCAAUAAUGUGCGUUGUUGGAGAAAAAAUGGGAACAGACAAGCGAGAGUUGCAAAAGGAAGUGACUGCUAACAAAUGGAGCAAUAUCUCGAUUCAUGGUGCUAAACUUCCAUUACCGUAUGGAACGCAUCAUACUAAACUGUCACUGAUGGAAUCAGAGAAUGAUUUACAUGUCUUUGUAUAUACUGCAAAUCUGAUAGAAAAUGACUGGUAUCGGAAGACACAAUGCUUUUAUUACGCUAGCGGUUCAUUUUGCAACGAGAGGGAACCUCCGGAGAGUGAAUUUGUCAAGGACUUAUGUAGCUAUAUGUCAGAGUACCGUUUGCCGGAACUUGACUACUGGAUGGACCGUAUAAAAAACUGUGAUUUUGGUGCCAUCCAUGAUCGCUUGGUAUUUUCUGUACCAGGCUACCAUCAAGCAUCUCGCAUGAACAAGUUUGGUCAUCCGUCAUUGGCGCGACUUCUGAAAGACCGUCCUGCAGCAGAAAAAGGUGUACGUCGAUUAUUUCUAGCUCAGUGUAGCUCUAUAGGUUCGUUGGGUGCUAAUCGAGAAGUGUGGCUUCUUGCCCAGUUCUUGAGUUCUCUGCAGGGUGGAAAGGAUCUAGGACUUGCACGGCUUUGUCUCAUAUAUCCUUCUGUCGAAGAUGUGAGGAAUUCCUUGGAAGGAUACAGUGCAGGUGAUUCCCUUCCUUAUCAGGAGUCCACCGCCAAAAGACAGCCAUGGCUAAGGGACAUGAUGUGUAAAUGGAGAAGUGAAGGAAGAGGCAGAAGCAAGGCAAUGCCACAUGUAAAAACUUACACAGAGAUUUGGGAUGGUAUUCCUCAGUGGUUGCUUGUCACCAGUGCUAAUCUUUCUAAAGCUGCAUGGGGAGACUAUCAGAAAAAAGGGACUCAACUUAUGGUUCGUUCAUAUGAAAUUGGCAUUUUAAUCACAGAUCCUGAGCGCAUCAAGCUACCAUAUGAUUAUCCAGUUGUGAAGUAUGGACCGAAUGAUGGCCCAUGGAUAUGCGAUGUGUCAUACACAAAAGCAGACAGCCAUGGAAGAGAAUGGAUAGUUGAACGUAGAUGAAACACAUGACGACUGCAUGUCAAUUCUACAACCCCUUGAUAUCUUUACGCGCUACUUUCGCGGUUUUUGUAUCCUACCGUACUCCUCUACCGCACAAUGUGAGCUACAGCAGUCAAGCUUUUACUCAAGUGUAUGCAUUGAGACAGUCUUUUCAAAAUAUGCGUUCUUGAACUUGCGUCAACACUGCCACUCUCGCACCGGUCUCAUUGAAAUUUCAUUAUGCAGAUCAUUCAUGACUUUCAAGUGUUUGGUUUAAUUUUUUGUUUUCAGCCGCGCCAAGGUAACAAAGUAUGUCCUGUGAGAGUCUGCAUAAUCUAAUCUAUAAUUUGUUAAGUGUCCUUGUCAGCAAAUUUUAACCAUUCCUGACCACGUUUUCAGUGUUUUAUGAUUUACAGUUGCAAGCAUUUUGUGGCAAAUUUUUAGCCAACCUGCUUAUACACUUCAUAACUUUGCCACAGAUCUCCUGUGCAUGCGUGCUCCUACAUACCUCAUGCUAUUCCUGACAUUUCAAUCUAUUCACUCCCCUAGUUUUAGUUAUCUUGAACUCUUUUUUGAAA